GAGAGUCCCUUUUUCUUUGUUACAAACAGUGAAGUGGGAGAUGGAUUGGGGACGGGCGGUGUUUGCAGGCCGGGGUGACUAGCAAACAUGGAACCACAUCCCGCCCUACCGUAUCGUGGCUCCUCGUUGUUGUGGCCACCGUUCCCUGCCAAUAAACCCAAUUCGAUUCAUCUCCUCCCUUCUUCCUGUGGAUUCGUCGACGCUACUUCUCCUAUCCUCCACCUCCGCCGAUCGUCCAUUUGUGCUCCUCCUACGAAACCAUCGCGAUUGAGCUACUUCUCCCGCCGAACCGCUAGGGCCAGCCCUCCUCCUCCUCCUCCUUCGGAGGAUCCAAAUACAAUCGCCGGAGUGGUGCAAGACGGCCAUUUGCUCAUUAAUACAUUUUGACAUCGAUCUUGGACAGGCAUACAAGCAACGCUGUCAAGGAUCCAGGAUAGGCUGCGAAUCUUCUUUGCUGUGUUUUUCUGGAUGUCAUUGUUCUUCUGGGGCAGCGCAUGGGAUGGGAGAAAUGGUGCUAGAAAGAAGAAGGGACCAUGGUUCAGAAAAUGAAUUUUCAAUGAUCCUUUUAUCCGAUUCGUGUGACUAGCAAAAUGACUGAAAAGCUUCUUUUCUCAUGCAGCAUAAACAAAUUCACUGAUGUUUAUAUGUGCCUGUACCGGUGUGUGAAUUGGUUUUGUAAUCUAGACAAUAUCUGUAUCAACAGGCUAAGUGGUCAUCAAUUUGCUUGUAUUCUAGGAAAAGCUUUAUUCUUAGUUGUAAAUUUGUUUUCUUCACAAUGCUGUGAUCAAGUUGUUUACUCUUUUCCACACUACUGUAGAAAUUGUUUGGUCCACAGUCCUUGAGUGGGGAAGAGGCUGAUUCAUCGGCUUUUCUUCUUUUUAUGGUUAAUAUAUUUGUGUCUGUCCCUGAUAUGGUUUCGAUUGUUGACAGGUGAUUAGAAUGUGUGGUUGAAAGCAGCUUGCUGAUUGCAGAUGGAUGUCUCCGAGAUGCUGACAGGCCUGCUGAAGAAGGUAGAUGCAUUCACCGGAACCUAUGGGAUAAACUACGGCAGGAUCGCCGACAACCUUCCUCCACCUGAAAGUGUCGUCACGCUUCUAAAAGCAGCAAGGAUCAAGAAUGUGAGGAUUUUUGAUUCAGACCAAAGCGUUAUCAAGGCGUUUAAAGGAUCUGGGAUUGAACUGACGGUAGCGAUCCCUAACGAGUACCUGAGAGACAUCAGUGUAUAUGAAGACCGUGCCAUGAGCUGGGUCAAGGAAAAGGUGCAGCCAUUUCUGCCCGGGACACGCAUCCGAGGGAUUGCGGUUGGGAACGAAGUGUUGGGCGCGGAUCCGGAACUGUCACAGGUCCUUUUUGGUGCCAUAAAGAACGUGUACAAUGCUCUGGAUAGGCUUCAAUUGUCACACGAGAUCGAGGUGUCGACGCCGCAUUCCGAGGCGGUGUUUGCUAAUUCCUUCCCGCCCUCCUCCUGCACCUUCAAGGAAGACGUCCUCGUUCUCAUGAAGCCCAUCUUGGAUUUCUUCUCACAGAUCGGUAGCCCCUUCUACAUCAAUGCGUAUCCAUUUUUGUCUUAUAAAAAUGAACCUGAGCACAUCGACAUCAACUACGCUCUUUUCCUGUCCAAUGCUGGAAUUCACGACGCCAAGACCGAUCUGCACUAUGACAACAUGUUUGAUGCUACAAUAGACGCAGCUUAUGCUGCCCUGGAAGCUGCCGGCUACGGUAAGAUGGCGGUUCGGGUUUCAGAGACAGGUUGGGCUUCUGCCGGAGACGAAAACGAAGCCGGAGCUACCCUCCACAAUGCAAGGACUUAUAAUUAUAAUCUUCGUAAGCGACUUUUCAAGAAGAAAGGGACACCGCUGAGGCCCAAGAUUAUGGUACAGGCUUACGUGUUUUCGUUGUUCAAUGAGAAUUUAAAGCCUGGACCGACCUCCGAGAGGCACUUCGGGCUAUUCAAGGCGGACGGCAGCAUCUCAUACGAUAUCGGCCUCACAGGCCUCAAGCCUUCAUCCGCAUCUCCAUCCCUCUUAUCCCUGAAUGCAAUGGUUUUCUGGGAUGUAUUGCUAUUAUUAUUAUUAUUCUACAUUCCGCUUUUCGGAAACUAGAAAUCCCGACUGUAAUGAAAUAUUGCAAUCACGAUCCAAAACUGUACAUGGAAAUUAAGAAGAAUAUAUGUAAUUUCCCAUUACCGAGAA